AUGUCGGUUGCCUGCCAGAGCUCGUCUUGUCCCAACGGCAAUCCAGUUUCUCGCCUCGAAUGUCCAACCUGCAACAAGCUUGGAAUUCAGGGAUCAUUCUUCUGCACUCAAGCAUGCUUCAAGGGUGGAUUGUGGCAGAAAACUCACAAAAUCGUACAUGAUAUCGUUAAGACGGGCGGUGCUGCGGCCUAUGCUGAUGGCACAUACAAUCCAUUUCCCAAUUACGAUUACACUGGCACUUUGAAGCCUGUCUAUCCUCUUUCGCCCAAACGACUUGUGCCGGAGCACAUAAACCGUCCUGACUAUGCCGAAGAUGGGCAGCCGAGAGCUGAGUCCAGAGCUGCCGGACAACCGCCGCGUAUUCUGAAUGUGGAGGAACAAGAAAAGAUGAGAACAGUGUGCCGGCUCGCGCGCGAAGUCCUCGACCUUGCGGCAUCCCAUGUCCGUCCAGGGAUCACGACAGACGAAAUAGAUGAAAUCGUUCACAACGCGUGUAUAGAGCGAAAUUCGUAUCCUUCUCCGCUGAACUACCGUGGAUUUCCCAAGUCUGUCUGCACGUCGAUCAAUGAGUCCAUCUGUCACGGAAUCCCUGAUAAAAGGAAGCUUCGAGAAGGCGACAUCGUGAACAUAGAUGUAACCCUCUACCACGAUGGAUUCCAUGGUGAUUUGAAUGCGACAUAUCCCGUGGGCGAGAUCGAUGAAGAAUCGAAAAAACUUAUUCGAGUCACACGAGAGUGUCUGGACGAUGCGAUCAAGCUGUGUAAACCAGGUGCUCUUUUCCGUGACCUAGGCAAGGCAAUUGAACCCAAGGCUCGGGCCAACGGUUGCGCAACUGUCCGGAAUUAUACUGGUCACGGAAUCAAUGAUUUAUUCCAUUGUGCACCCAACAUCCCACAUUAUGCCAAGAACAAGGCUGUUGGGACCAUGAAGCCAGGAAUGUGCUUCACCAUUGAGCCUAUGAUCAACCUCGGCUCGAAUUGGGAUACUGUCCACUGGCCGGAUAAUUGGACCGCCACCACCGUUGAUGGACGACGAAGCGCUCAAUUCGAAGAGACACUGCUAAUCACUGAAACCGGCGUUGAGAUUCUGACGGCUGGGAAGAAGGAGGACUAG